AUGGCGGAGACGGAGAUGCGGAAUGACAGCCAUGGAGACUACAACAUCACUCUGCUCACCACACCUGCCAUGUCCACACGGCUCGUUCUACAGACCCCGGCUAAGCCCAUCAUCCCGGUCCAGACUGGAGUCCAGGCCCUGCAGGAGGAGCAAUCCAGCGGGAUGUCCAUCUUCUUCAGCCUGCUGGUCCUAGCUAUUUGUAUUGCUUUGGUCCAUUUGCUUAUCAAAUACCGUCUGCACUUCCUGCCGGAGAGCGUUGCUGUGGUCUCAUUAGGAAUCUUAAUGGGUGCAGUGAUCAGGAUCAUAGAGUCUCAGAAACUGGCCAAUUGGAAGGAGGAAGAGAUGUUCCGGCCUAAUAUGUUCUUCCUGCUGCUGCUCCCACCCAUUAUUUUUGAGUCGGGUUACUCACUGCACAAGGGAAACUUCUUCCAGAAUAUUGGCUCCAUCACUCUGUUUGCAGUAAUCGGUACAGCCGUGUCAGCCUUCAUUGUGGGUGGCGGCAUCUUCUUCCUGGGGCAGGCGGAUGUCAUCUACAAACUCACCAUGACUGACAGCUUUGCCUUCGGAUCAUUAAUCUCUGCUGUGGAUCCCGUUGCCACAAUUGCCAUUUUCAAUGCUCUGAACGUGGAUCCGGUGCUGAACAUGUUGGUGUUUGGAGAGAGCAUCCUUAAUGACGCAGUCUCCAUUGUUCUCACAAAUACAGCGGAAGGACUCAACCGCGGGGACUUGUCCAAUGUCAGUGGCUGGCAGACCUUCCUGCAGGCCUUGGCCUAUUUCCUGAAGAUGUUUUUUGGCUCAGCAGCUCUGGGAACACUGACCGGCCUCAUUUCAGCAUUAGUGUUGAAGCACCUGGAUCUACGCAAGACUCCUUCCCUAGAAUUUGGAAUGAUGAUCAUUUUUGCUUACCUCCCAUAUGGACUGGCUGAGGGUAUUUCACUCUCUGGUAUAAUGGCAAUUCUGUUUGCUGGUAUUGUAAUGUCUCAUUAUACUCAUCACAACCUGUCCCCUGUCACCCAGAUCCUCAUGCAGCAAACCCUGAGAACUGUGGCCUUCUUGUGCGAAACAUGCGUCUUCGCCUUUCUCGGCCUUUCAAUUUUCAGUUUCCCACACAAGUUUGAGAUCUCAUUUGUCAUCUGGUGUAUUUUUCUGGUGUUGCUGGGUCGAGCGGUCAAUAUAUUUCCUUUGUCUUAUCUGCUCAACUUCUUCCGUGAUCACAAGAUCACCCCAAAAAUGAUGUUCAUCAUGUGGUUCAGUGGAUUGCGGGGGGCCAUUCCCUAUGCCUUGAGUCUUCACUUGGAGCUGGAGCCAAUGGAGAAACGUCAGCUGAUUGGAACAACGACCAUCAUCAUUGUGCUGUUCACCAUCCUCCUCCUGGGGGGUGGCACCAUGCCUCUUAUCCGACUAAUAGACUAUGAGGACUCCAAAGCUCGGAAGAAGAACAAGAAGGAUGUUAAUCUCAGCAAGACUGAGAAAAUGGGGAACACGGUGGAGUCGGAACACCUCUCCGAGCUGACGGAGGAGGAGUAUGAGGCCCAUUACAUUAAAGAACACAAUCUGAAAGGCUUCAUGUGGCUUGACGCCAAAUAUCUCAACCCGUUGUUCACUCGCAGGCUGACGCAGGAGGAUCUUCAUCAUGGCCGCAUACAGAUGAAAAGUCUGACCAACAAGUGGUAUGAAGAGGUCCGCCAAGGGCCAUCUGGGUCAGAGGACGAUGAGCAUGAGCUGUUAUAG